AUGGAUUCUGAUGAAUCCGACUUCUACGGGGACGAUGAGAUAGUCGCCGACCUAGAGUCUCGGGUUACGUCAUUUGACGUUUCCCAGUGGUGGGAAGAGAGGAAUGCGGCGGCGGCCUCCAUCUCGGUGAUGGACAGAAAAGUCAAGAAGGAGCCUCUCGACAGCACCAAACUCCACAACCCGUAUGCCGGUGUUCCCUACGCGUGGCAGUUGACGGAGACCGUCAAUGACUUCCUUGAUCGUCUGCCUCCCGAGACGACGGAGCACAGCGAGCGGCUCCCGUGGAUCUUUGUAUGCAAUCCGUACAUUCGCAGGAAGGACAGGUUCAAUGCCCAGAACCAGCGGAGCAGAGGGAAUGAGGACGAAGCACCCGAGGAGGAGGGCUCGCGACUCGAUACUCUUAUCGAGGGGGGCUCGGAGAGAUUGGAGAUCCUACUCAACUACAAGCUAGGCCUCGAAAAGACCAACAAAUCUAAGACAGUACAGGCAAAGUUGCUAAGGCAAGAACAAGAAGAUGCUACCCGGGAUAUCAUGGGCCUCGCGCACAUGUGCAAGAUCAAGGCCGGCAAGUGGAUGCUCUUCUGUCAGCCCAAGGAUGUUAACGAAGUCUGGAACGUCAUAGCAAGCGCCACAGCGAACAACGAACUAGGCAUUGCCGCAAAAGUUGCCCCUUGGAAUCCGUAUACCGACCCUACCGGUCGAAAAGACCGGAUUGUAUGCGUUUAUACGGCCGAUUUCAGCGAUAUGGCAGAUGUGACCCGGGUCUUGCGUCGGCUGAGAGAGCUCAAGCUCGUUGAGGCCAUGGGACGCCCUAUCUACUAUAAACCAGAUGCGUUCACAUAUCUCGGUAUCGCUUCCGGCAAUCACUGGGGCUUGAAGGCGUCGAUUUACAGUUCUAGGGAUGUGCUAUCCUAG